AUGUCUCAACAGCGGUUACAAAAGUAUAAACUUGUUCCUCCAAACAAUUUGGCUCCUUUUCACAGGAUUAGUACCGAACUGGGACACCCCGAUUUUUAUCCUCCGAAACCUGGUCAAGAUGAAGACCAGAUGACAGAAGAAAAUGUAAAGAGAGGGUUUGUCGAUGUCCCCUUCGUUAAGAAUGAAUUUUUUCCGGCUCACGACAUAUUAUCUGAACAAUUAAGAGAUCCAAAUACUUUAAAAAAUCUUGGGGAUUUCAUGACUGACGUAAUGAGACUGGAGGAUUAG